AUGGGUCGACCAACUGUGCAGCAGGUCACCUCACUACCAAAGAAACAAGUUCGAACGUGUCGCUCUGUUCACUUUGAAGCGUUGAACUCGCCGUUACAUUUGACGGCAACAAGUGGAAGGCCAAUUUUUCCAAAUCCUUGCUUACAAUAUUCUACACCCACCACCCAAACAAUAUCAAUGACUCAUCGUGUGCUGCUUACUAGCAUUCAUUUGCUACGAGCACCGCAUAUUCAAAUGUUGAAACAUCUCAUGUUUGAAAACAUUUCAUCUUCCACUCAUGAAGUUUAG